AGUUCGCAGGUUUCUGUGGGUGUAUCAUGGAGCUUCACCUGUGUGUUUCCCAUAAUGUGGAGCAGAAUUCAGCAGGAGAGGUUCUUGUCUUGGCUCUGAGCACUUCAGUGAAGUGACGUGGCAGAGCAUCACUGACUAACAAGUAUGACUAAAAGUACAAAUCAAAAGAGAGAGAAUGCAUGAGCUGGCAAGCAUGAAUUUUGAUGCUGAUCAUCACUUUGUGGUCUGAUCUGAAGAGGUGUCUAAAUCUGGCACAAAGUAGAACAUAAAGGAGACUACAGACAGGUCGCAGUAAAUGUUCCAUAAUUGUUUCUAUGUGUAAUCCUGCUUUUCCUCUUUGUUUACAGUUAGAGCUAAUUUAGACUCUUGUAAGUUCCUCCCAGCAGGGGCAUGUCAUCUUUGCGUCCCAGCUGAUGGGAACACUUAUGUUCUUUAUAAAUAGACUAGUGAAGCUGGUAGGAGCAAAAAUGCCUCUCAGGAUGCUGCCAGAGCCUGGGCUUGAAGGCAGCAAACUGUCUCCAAAUUGAACCUCUAAAGGGAAUCACUGAUAUAUGAAGAUGAAACCAUGAAGAGAAAGCAGAACGAAUAAUAAUGCUUUUCCGAAACCGUUUUCUGUUCUUGCUGGCUUUGGCAGCCUUAUUAGCCUUUUUGAGCCUCAGUCUACAAUUCUUGCAUUUAAUCCCAGUGAACUCCGUCAGGGAAGAUGGGUUGAGCACUAAGAGCCGAAAGAGAAUAAUGCCUGGUUUGCUGACUGAGCCUCCUGCAAUAGAUCCUGUUUAUGAAGCACAUGUUUACUGCAACAUUCCCACCAUUGCAGAGCGCAGCAUGGAAGGGCAUGCACCUCACUAUUUUAAGCUAGUGUCAGUUCAAGUGUUGAUUCGACAUGGUGACAGGUAUCCUCUAUAUGCCAUUCCCAAGACGAAGAGACCUGACAUUGACUGUAUGCUGCAGCCUAACAGGAAACCUUCUCAUCCUCAGCUUGAAGCUUUCAUUAAACAUAUGUCAAAAGGCUCUGCAGCCCAGAUGGGUGGUUCCCUAAGCAGCCUGCCUCGCUACCCUAGCCAUUCUUUGUGUGAAAUGGGAGAGCUAACACAGACAGGGGUUGUGCAACACUUGAAAAAUGGACAACUAUUGCGAGAUAUUUAUAUAAACAAACAUAAACUGCUUCUGAGUGACUGGACAGCAAAACAGCUUUACUUGGAGACAACAGGAAAAAGUCGAACCCUGCAGAGUGCUUUGGCACUGCUCUACACUUUUUUGCCAGAUUUUGACUGGAAGAAAAUUAACAUCAGACAUCAGUGGAGCACCAUUUUUUGCUCUGGAAGCUGCAACUGUCCUAUGCGAAACCACUACCUGGAAGAGGAACAGCGCAGACAGUACAGUUUGCGGGUGAAAAACAAUGACUUAGAGAAAAUAUAUGUGGAUAUGGCAAAGAUUGUAGGCAUUCCCACCAGGCAGUUGAGAGCUUCUAACCCAAUAGAUUCUCUCUUGUGCUAUUUUUGCCACAAUGUCAGUUUUCCAUGUACCAAAACUGGCUGCAUUGAUAUGGAACACUUCAAAGUGAUCAAAAGACAUCAGUUGGAGGAUGAGAGAGAAAGACAGGAAAAGAAACUUUAUUUCUUGUAUGCACUAUUGGCUACGCAUCCUCUUCUCAACCAGACUGUUAAUCGGCUGCAGCGUAUUGUAGAAGGCAAGAAAGAAGAAGUAUUUGUUCUUUACUCUGCACAUGAUGUCACAUUGUCACCUGUUCUCAGUGCCUUGGGCAUUACAGAUGCCAGAUUUCCUAGAUUUGCUGCCAGAUUAGUUUUUGAGCUGUGGCAGGAUGGGAAAAGACCCAAAGAUCACUUUAUCCGCAUCCUGUAUAAUGGCGCUGAUGUCACAUUCCAGACCUCAUUUUGUAGGGAUUAUUAUAAACAGUCCACAAAGCCAAUGUGCCCCCUAGAAAAGUUUGUCAAUUUUGUCAAGAGGGAUGUGUUCUUAAUUUUUAACAGCACUAGUUAUUACGAUGCAUGUCAUAGAAGACCACUGUAGGGAAGGAGAAUGGAAAGGAAGCAAUGUUAACUUGUGUAUCAGUGAAAGUCUGUAUUCUGGUUGAGGCGCAGUUCAGUUCUGUUAUUUCUUGUACUUGUAUGUGUAAGUACAAAAGGAUGUUGCUUGAAACAUUCUUCAGAUAGGUUUAUUUUUAUUCAGACUGCAGGUAGUCUCCAACAGAAGAACAAGUACUGAGGGGGUGUUACGUCUAUGUGUAUGCUCACAUGUGCCGUGUGAACUGUGAUGAUAAAUCACAUGGCUAUCGUAACCUGGAUAUCACUUGAUAAAGAGUGAGAAAGCAUAGACUUUGUUUCUCUGUACUCCAGAGCAAUACUUGGAUACCUUAAUUUUAAAACCAAACCCACAAUCUCAGUAAUUUUAAGCAGUUUGUAUCAUGGUCUUUAUGAAUUCCAGGCAUCUGUAUUAAAUCAUUUGUAAUGAAUUCUUGAACCUCCCUACUAAAAAUAAAGAAGCCUUGUAAUGUUUAGGGGCAGGUCUUUAAAGCAAAGUGCAUGUGUGUGUCUGUGCAUACUUAGCUGAGCAUGUACAAAGGAGCAUGUGCCUUUCUGACCUCAUAGACCUAUAAAUAUUUGGCUGUUGUUGCCAGUGCCAGAGAAGAGUGUACUGGAGAAUAGAUAAAAAACUCUAUUCUUUGAUCGCACUUUCAGCACUUUGAAUAGUUCAAACACAGUCUAGAAAUAUGUAAAGGUCUCACGACAUUAAAAUAGAUAGCAAACACUAAAAUUACCACUAAACCUGAGUGGGAAAUUAGGGUUAGAAAUCAGUUUUAUGGUGAAGUUGUGGGCUGUUUCCUGUUGUGAACGUGUUCAAGCUGCUCUGCUAUGGAACACAUCCGUGGUUUUGGAAUUUGAUGUAGUGACUGCUUGAGACAGAUUGACUAAACACUAAGAAAAUUUUGUAGUUGAUUUAGUAUUUUUAUGGACUAGGAAGUUCUUAUUUUGUAAGAUUAGACUUGUAUGUAUUGUACUGUGUAUAUUUAUAACACAGUAGAUUUUUUCUUACUUGUUUAGUUUGUAAAGAAUUGUGAAGCUCACUUUAGAUGUUUUUUCCCCUUGAUCGGGAUGUUUAGACUUAAGAAUAAACUGUCUUUCAUGGGUAACUUGAACAAUGAGUAGAUACGAAAACUUGUACUUCAGACUGCUUUCAUCUGUUUAGGAGUGGUAAAUUGAGAACCAAUUUUUAAUAGAACUCAUAGAAAUUUUUAUAAUGGUGGAAGUUUUUUAUGCUUCUAGAAAUAAUUUAGUCUGUGACUUGUGAUGCAAUGGUGCUAGUUUAUCAAAGAAAACACAACUCAGCGUAAGUUCUCUGACUACUGGCACAUUCCACUCUCUGUUUUCAAUGCUGCAUUUGAGAAUGUUUUUUUAAAUAAAAUUUUGGGGCCUGUUUGUAA